GUCGGGUUCUCUGUGGUGGUACAUGUAUGUCAUAAGGAUGUCCUACGGUCAAGCCAUCAGAAAUCGGGUUGAUGCAUUACCAUAUUCUCUUAAGUAUGGGGCUCAUGCAAGAAGCUCCACUAUACUAACAGCAAAAGGAGAAUAAAUCUGGAAUGGGAUGCUCAACAAGCAUAUGUUGGUGUGAUUGGCCAGGUGCCCACAUACUUUUGGGAAUAUGUUGUAGUGUAUCUCCAGUUAGACAAGGAUCAAGGUUGCUUUUUAAGCGAGGGUUUGAAACUGCUAGUUUAAAGGAUAUAGCCAGAGUUAAGAAAGAAGCUGAGGAUCAAUUGCUUCUGGAAGAAUCUGUUUGAGGAAAUGUGCAGAUAACUGAACUUUUGUUUGUUCAGUUGGACAGUUUACCCAAAUAUGUCAGCUGAUCAUGAGCCCAACACAAAUUUUGUACCUUCAUGGUUUGCUGAAAAGAAUGACUUGUUCACAAACAAAAUAUAUCUAUCCAUCACAUUAUUACCACAAAGUUAGGUUUUAGCGUGUGCCACAUCAAUACAACUACACAUGUCCAAAUAAUAACAUGGAAAUAAUAACAUGGCGCAUGUCAGAUGCCUCAGUUCACAGAAAGUACAAAGGCAUCUUGGUGUUGUAUCUGAAAAUGUGUUAUCAAUUAUUGUGAAAGUAUUUGCAUCAUGGUAUGUUAAUAAAUCUAUCAUCCUAUCUUGCAGGUGAGAAUGUGGCCAGGCCUGCCCUGCCAAGACAGGUUUGCUCAUUGGGUAAAAGAAGUUAAUAUGCAAGCAUACAUGGACAAGCUCAUUCCCCGGCACCUCACCUACACCUAGGUACCUUGAGGUGAAUAGGAACCUGUUGAUGGAGUGGGUUGGUAUUAGGGAUGCAACAGUUUUUUGAUUGUAUUCGUACCGUUCGGUACGCCCAGCACGGUUCGGUACGCGUAGGCGAACCGCGGUAUUUCGGUAAGCGCGACAUUAAACUUUAAUUUUUAAUACAAAGUCAUUGCUCAUGUAUUCUGUGUAGCGUACAAUACACAAGAGUGCUUAGGACCCCGGGGAAGCGGUUUCUCCCUUUAAGCCCUGCCCACAAAGAAACAAGAGCCAAUCAGAUUUUCAGAAUUUUCCCUUGAGCCUAUCAGCACUCAGAAACAGAUGCCAGGGAAGUAAAAGAGGAAUGCGUGUGUUCUAGUAGCACUUUGAAUCAUGGCGAGUGGACAAGAAGACGAGAGAUUAAACUUUGAAGAGGCACCAUCUUCGUUCAAAUCCACAGUGUGGAGUCAUUUUGGCUUCAGUGUUAAGUAUGACGAACAAGGCACAAAGACAGUCAGCAAGCAAAACACGGUCUGCAAACACUGUUUUGCAACGCUUGGCUACUCAUCAGGUAACACAUCCAACAUGAUGGCACACCUGUGUCGCAAUCACCUGGGCAUAAACUUAAGUGGAACAAGACCUAUCACCAAAACACAACAAUCCAUCCCAGUUGCCUUCCAACAGCAAUAUUCAACCCAUUCCGAAAAACACAAAAGCAUAACUCAUGGAAUUGGCGUGUACAUAGCCAAAGACAUGCAGUCAUACUCUGUAGUUAACGAUCGGGGAUUUCGUUUUUUGAUGAAGCUGGUCGAACCCCAAUAUAGCAUUCCCUCCCGCACACAUUUCAGCGAUAAAAUAAUCCCAGAACUUUACAAGGUGUCUCGGAUUGAAGUUGAGAGCGAAUUGCGACAAGCCCAAUUCCUCGCUCUUUCUACCGAUAGUUGGACAUCUAGAGGGACUACAAGCUACCUCACUGUCACUGUUCACUUCGUAGCAGAUUGGGAGAUAAAAUGCUAUGUGCUACAGUACAAACUCGUCCAGUUUACGAGAGUCACACAAGCCCUCAUUUGGCACAUGAGCUCAUGCAAGCAGUCACUGAAUGGAAACUAGAGAGAGCAAAUGUCACCAUUCCAGUCACUACGGACAAUGCUCCAAAUAUAGUGAAUGCCAUCCGUGAUACCCGUGUUUUUGGACCACACGUUGCUUGUUUUGCGCACACACUAAAUCUCGCAGCAAAGAAGGCUGUUGCCCUCAGUGCAGUGUCACGCAUCCUGGGGAUGAUCAGAAGAGUGGUGACAUUUUUCCACAAAAGUACCACGGCUGCCCACGUUUUGACCAAGAAACAACAAAUGCUUAGCAUACCAGAGCACAAACUUAUUCAUGACGUUCCAACUCGUUGGAAUACAGCACAUGACAUGCUUGAGUGGUAUUUGGAGCAGCAACCUGCCAUAUUCUCUGCCUUGCUAGACGAAACUGUGAGGAAAAUGCACAAAGACAUGGCCAUGCUCACCGACAGUGAGAUGAAGCUUGCAGAAAGGCUGAUACAGUUGCUUAACCCACUGAAAAAAAUGACCACACUGAUGAGCAGUGAAUCAAAUGCCACUUCAUCUAUGAUUCUCCCUCUUAAGACAAGGACUCUGCGAUCCAUGACACCAGAUCCACAAGACUGUCCAACCAUCAGGGAAGGCAAGCUAGCCAUCACAUCAGACUUGGAGAAAAGAUAUACAGAUCCAGAUCUAAUAGAUUACUUGCACAGAGCUACUGCUGUCGACCCCAGGUUCAAGUCAUUGCCGUUUCUUGAUGGAGCUGUCUGUGACCAAGUCUUCAAAAGCCUCAUUACAGAAAUUGUGGAGCAUGAACAGCAGAAUGAAGGUAUGCAAGCAGGGCCAUCUACAGAGAAAGAGCCACCAUCAUCAGUGUCCCCUCCUCAGAAGAAGACUGCAAUGUCAGAGUUAUUUGGGGACCUUUACACAGAUGAGCAGCACACCAAACCAUUUUCACUUACCAUUGAGAUGGAGAUAUCCUUAUACAGAGCAGCAGAUUCCCUUCAUGUGGACGCUGAUCCUUUUCAAUGGUGGAAAUUAAAUCAGUUCAAGUUUCCCCAUCUCUCAAAGCAUGCACAAAAGUAUCUCUGUGUCCCUGGUACAUCUGUGUCUAGUGAGAGAGUUUUCUCUACUGCAGGUGAUAUUGUGAAUGCAAGCCGUUCCCGUCUUUGCCCAGAGAAUGUUGACAUGCUGAUCUUUUUACAGAAGAACAUGAAAAUAAAGGAAUAGGGCAUUCUUCAUAGGAUAUUCACUUGAUAUUGCACUUUUUUUGAAAAUCUACAUUUUUAUUUGACAAGUGGUUGGCCACAGUCUGUGAUAGUUUCAUUUAUGUGUUUUUUUGUCUUAAGUUGUGUGGGUGACAGUAUUCAGGUGACUUUACUGCAUUGCUGCCCUUUACUGUAUUUUAUG